UUUGAUUACGUGUAAAAUUCAAAGAUCAAUUUUCAGAAACUGGAAUACUUGUUAUUUAGUAACUAUAUCAUAAACAAUGUGAUAAAUACCAAGAUUUUGUUAUUUUGUUUAUUGUCUUCCAAAUUCUGAAAACAAUAAUGGCGAAUCACGAGACAGAAAGGAACAAAAUAGCUUUUUGAAGAAGCAUGUUUAUGUCUUAUAAUAUCAGAGACAAAACAAAAACCACUUUCAACUCGAAAACAGAGCUCCAAAAUGUCUUCUCUUCUUAUCCUCAUCUUCAUUGCUUCAACCAUAAAAUUCAGUAAUUACUCUUCAGUUGCUACAACUCUACCUGACACUGUCCAAUAUAACAACAAUAACCUCUUCACAGUCUCAGGUCAGCUUGAUUGCAGACAAGAAGAACCAAGUUUCAGAUAUGAGACAAAAAGUUAUCACAGAGAAUUUCAGGUUUUGUGUCCUAUCUCUGAGGUGAGAUGUGCAAAGACUCGACGGAUUCUGAAACAUAUUAGGCAAACAAGAAGAAGAGAUCAUCAACACAAAAAGAGGAGAUCAUCAAGAUACCUGCAAAACAAAGCAAACAUAAUUACGACAGACAAUAAGUUGUUUUCCCCACAUCCAUGGUUUCUUCCUCCAAACCCGUUUGCGCCACCACAUUCGAUUUUUCCGCCAAACCCAUUUGCACCACCACCUUCGAUUUUCCCACCCAAUCCAUUUAAGCCCCCACCACCCUCAUUUUUCCCACCAAACCCGUUUCGACCACCACCUCCUUCAAUCUUUCCUCCAAACCCAUUUCAGCCUCGUCCUCCGCCACCAUCGAUAUUUCCUCCAUUAUUUCCUAAGCCACCUCCCGCUCCUCCUCCAUCAAUAUUUCCUCCAUUAUUUCCUCAUCCACCUCCUGCUCCUCCUCCCUCAAUAUUCCCUCCAAACCCGUUUCAGCCUCGUCCUCCUCCGCCACCUCCCGAACCUCCAUCGAUAUUCCCUCCAA